AUGUCCAUUACAAAGUAUACCGAUCAUAAAGAGUUAUCAGACACAGAAUUUUCCAAAUUGAAAGAAAACGUUAUAAAAGCCAAAUCCACCGCUUAUUGUCCUUAUUCGAAAUUCAGAGUUGGGUGUGCUCUUUUAACAGAAUCAGGUGAAUUCAUAUCUGGUGCCAAUGUUGAAAACGCAUCAUACGGAGCAGGUGUCUGUGCUGAACGAACAGCAAUUGUUAAAGCAGUGACAGAGGGCCAUACAAAGUUUAAAGCAAUUGCGGUGGCAGGAAACACCAAAGAUCCAAUAACUCCUUGUGGAAUUUGCCGUCAAUUCAUUAGAGAAUUUGCUCCAGAAAUUCCAGUGUUCAUGUUCAAUGAAGGAAACGGGUUUAUUAAAGUGUACCUACAGGAUUUACUCCCAUUGAGUUUUGGCCCAGAAGAUCUCGGUGUAACGAAUUAA